CCUACAGAAAGCGGCGAAGUCAAAUGUUGUGUGAGCUGAGCGGCUAAUUUUCGCGUUUCGUUAGUUUGUCACAAGUUUCUUAAGGACUUAGCUUACCGGCUGCAUUUCAUAUAUUGACAUUUUGCAGACUUGAGGGUAGUUUUAUUUUCCAAAGUGAAUUAAUUACCUGAUAGUUAGACCAUUUGAAAUCGUUAUCGCCAUCUGUUGCAACAUGAUUUUUUUGAGUUUAACGUGUUUCUGUUUGAUGUUGACGACUAGUUGGUCGACUACAUCCAACGGAGCCCCUGAAAAUUCUUUACCAGAAGCCCUUCGACAAUCUCCAUCAUCACUGGUGAGAAUCCUGAACAUAUCAUCUGCAGCUGACUUGCAAGUGGAAGCUCUUGUUAAUGCUUCAUAUACACUGUCCAACACCAGUUUGGCUGAUAUAGAAAGUGAUAACUUGACCCACGCUUUGCAGCUCCAAUACAGAAAGAGGAAAAGACAAGAAAGAUUGACUGUCAUCAGAAAUCAGAUUCUUUCCAGUCUCCACAUGAACCGCGAGCCAAAUAUUUCAGCUCCCUCGACAAUAUUUUCAGAAGAUGAGCAGAUGAGGAUUUCGAUGUUUAUGGAGAGGCUUCAAUAUCACAACUCCCAAGCAGACAGUUUACCAGCAGGAAACGUCCAUUUCAACACUAUACAGUGGUUGCAAAGCUUUUAUCCUUCUUGUUCCGUACCCAACAACACAGAUAAAGUGUCCUGGGAGCAACCGGGGACAUUCAGAAUCUUGUACGAUGUCCCUUUCAAUAAGUACAGCACAAAUAUAACAAUCAUGACGGCGAAGUUGAGGCUGUACAAAAUAACAGGCAAUGUUGAUCCCAAUUAUGUGGGAUUUGCUAGCAACAGACCUAGAUAUAAUCUCUUAGAAAGUCUGAUGAAUGUACGAGCUGCCAAUUCUAUUAAUGUGAAUAUAUAUCAAUAUUCCAAACCCUUGAGAACCAAUAAGAGAGAAAAGAAACGGUUGGUCGACUCCAGAACAAUUUCGGUCGAUUUCAAAGGAUGGGUCGAAUUUAAUGUGAUCACCUCUCUCAACUUCUGGUACCGUCAUUCCAGCAAGAAUUACGGACUGGAUGUCGAAGUAGAAGAUGCUUUUGGAAACAAGCUCAAUCCAAAUCUGUAUUUUCAGAAUAUGAAUUGUUCUUCUGAAGUCCCAGCGCGAGAUCCCCCUUUCCCCAACAUCAUGGAGAUGCACAGAGAGAUCGGCAAGAACGAAUCCUCCAUUUUCGACAAUGAAACCUACCCAACUUUGGACCUGAGGACCGCCGAACUGCCCCGGGACCUGGGCGAGUUCGAAUCUUUGGAAGAGAGCCUCAAAGAGAGGGUGGUGAGGAAGAGGUCGACGGAAAACACAUGCAGAAAAGAGCUCGAAUAUGUUUCAUUUGCAGAUGUUGGUUUGGACGAGUAUAUUUUGUGGCCCCAAGGAGUGUUGUGGACAUUUUGUGACGGCGGAUGUGGUCCAAAAGUGAACACGCCCCAAAACAGAGAAUACUUUUUUUCAUCUUGGUUCACACGUCUUUUCAAACUAAAGAGGAAAGCACCGGGUUCCGAUUGUACAGUUACAAGGCGUGAGUCUUUACCUGUCAUUCUGUACGACGGAGAAACCCAACUGUUGGAGACUGUCCUUGAAGAUUUCGUUCCUGUGGACUGCGGCUGCAGGGCUUCGUAGCGAUUUCAGGCCGGAAAUCGCAAACUGUACAGAAGUGUGCUUCACUCGAGUAUUCCUGCGUUUUCAAUGUAUACAACGACUACCUCAUCAUCAACAAAAGACUAUCUGAACUUAUUUAAAAUCCUUACUUCUGUUUAUCGGAGUUUGAGAUUUUAUAUUAAUACUGUACAUAAGAGAACUGUUUUUCAGAGCUUUCAUUUGUAAGCUGCUUUAUAAGAUUUUACGGGAAAAAAAACUUCCCUGAAAAGAAGGUACCAUUUGUUGCCAUAAGUACAAUGUUUAUUGAUGUCAACAAUUGGUUAGUUUAUAUGUAUAACGUUUAUUGGAAACUCAUUUGAGUGCCACUGCAAUAGCAAUAGCGAUAGAGUGCAGAGUAGGGAUGAAAAGUUUGUUGAUAUCAAUCGUAUUGCAAUAAUUUUAAGUACAAACUUUGUGUAUGUAAAAAUUGGUGACUACAUCAGGGUUACAGUAUUUGGAAGCCGAAAGUAUGAUAUUCCAGGUAUAUUUAUGCUUUGUAAGAUAUUCUUUAUUCAUUAAGUAGAUAUCAUUUCAUGUUGCAUAUUCUGACAUCUGUAUUUCGCCAUGAUUCGUAUAUUUUAAAUGAAUGAUGUGCAUCAUCAAUAAUAAUGUAAAAAUAACAAUUUAUCUUCUUUUAUGAAACCAGAUUCAUUUUGCUUUAUUUUAAGCUUAAAGAUUCAUAAACACAAUGUCUUUGCUGUAUUAAAGUUGUAUAUAAAAUAAUACAAGAUAAAUACAAUAUUAGAUACUAUAAUACAAGAUAAAGAUCUGGUAAAAAAUAUUUCUAACUUUGGGAAGUUCAGUUAUUGAUUGGAAAAGAGAUUAAUUAUGUGUCGGUUUCCAUUGAGUUUUUGUGAAUUUAUCGCAUUGUUUUUAUGAAUCAUUAUUACUAAUUUUUUUAUUGUGUUUUGAGUAUUCAUAUCGCUUCUACGGGUACUGAACAUUUUCUCUUUUGAUGCGUAUAACCCUAGAAUACUGGCAUUAAUUUUAUAUAAGCUGUCAGUAUAAACUUUCAUCUGAAUUGCUUAAUUUUCUGUUACCCGGACGCAAGCGAAAAGUCGCCAAAUAUUUUAGACUUACGCCGAAAAAAUGUUCUAGAGUUAGUUAUUUACACAAGUUGGCGCAGGUCUAAAUCAUUUGGCAACCUUUUGCUUGCACCCGAUUAAACAAAAAGCACUGAAUUAGCGCUACUAAAAUAAACUUUCUAAAGCUGUAGUUUUUUCUUCCGGAAUCCUUUUUUUUUCUAAGAAUUAUUUCAUGCUUGCAGUGGUCUAAUUGCCGAAAAGUAGUAAAAAUAUUUUCUAAUAUGAAAUAAAUUGAAUAGGCGAGAGUGCGAAUUAUAUUUUCUUAUAAAAUUAUAGUUUUCGUGUUUCAUGAUUGUUUUACAAUCUAUUAAGCCCGUGAAAGAGUUUAAUAACGUUUUUUUUCUUUUUUUUUUCUCCCACCAUAUGAGAUCAUAUCAUUCAAUAAUGCGAUCUUAAAAUUCAUACAUUUCUUAACAUUUGUCAAUAAAUAAAAGAUAUUUUUUUAAUGAUAUCACAUACCUUCUUUUAUUAAAGUUUAUUUAUAAUUAUUCUAAUUACAUUUUUAAAAAUACAUUUUAAUUACUUUAAUACAUUUUAAUUAAAUUAAGAUUGCUAAUUUUUUUCUUGACGAAAAUAAAUUUUAAGGGAAAUACCUUUAAGACGGCUGAGUUGGAAAAAAAUAAUCAACAUAAAUUACAUAUUUAAGUUUUAAAGGAAUUUUCAGUUUAAUGAAUAUAUAAAAAAUCAGUAUUAAAUAAAAUAAAAUUAUGCCUAACUUCAACGAUUUUAUCAUUUCUGAUGAAAAGAAAGUGCAUAACUGAAAUCCUUGAAUCAUAUUUAAAAGUAAAUUGAAUGAAGCUAUUAUGUAUGACUUUUCACUGAAAUACAUACACACAUUUGUGGAACUUUACAACGCCUAUUUUAUAAUAUGAGAUAUGCAUUCGUAUUCUAGGGUUAACUUGAAUUGUUCAUUGAUUUAACAUUUUCAUGCUUUUAUUGGUCAUCGUGAUUGUCAAGUUGCAUUGUAUAUUGGAUUCACUUCAUUAUUAUUUGUCAUUUUAAUGGCGAAUAAUGACUUUUUAAGGCUUAAUUAAAUCUUGCAACAAUUAGAAUUUUAAUGCUCAGAUUAUUCAAAAGCGUUUUCUGAAGGAUUGUCAGUUAAAGUAGUAAUCAACAGAUUAAAUCAAUAAUUCAAGUAAUCUUUGAUAUAAAAGUAUUUUAAUAAUUAUAUCAUUGUUAUAAAUAAUGAGUAGCAGUUACUUCAAAUGGAAAUUUGUUUAGUAUUAGAUAUUACUGAUAUAGGAAGUCAAACAAUUUUUUUUUAACAAUAUAUCAUCAUUAAUGCAAGUUCAGGCAAGUUUUGUUUUGUCUUUGAGUCAUAAUAAAAUAAAUUCAUUUAUUUAUUUUUAUAUUUAUUUUGUUAACAUUAAUCAAAAUCAUAGAUUUUCACUAACAUAUGUAAUCUAAUUCAUUAAAAAAACUUCAUUUUCUGAUCCCCACUUUUAAAAAAAUUAUUUUAAAGCAAGAUUUUAUCUUGUUUUCUUUUCAAUACAUUGCACUGUUUCAAACUUUUUUUGAGUUUUAAAAUUCAUGUCUUGAAAGAUUAUUUAUCUAUAAAAUAUGAUAUUAACAUAAUUUUUAACUCAGACCAAAUUUAUGUACAUGAAUGGUUACUUUUUUUUAACAUGUUAGUUUGCAUUAUCAUACUUAA